AUGGAUCACGAUCAUCAGUUUCCAUUACAAACUUUAGAAACAAAAAGAAGGCCAAUUAUCGGAGCACGGCGGCAUUUUGCUGCGAAGGAAGAUAUAAGUUCAGAAUCGGAUGAAGAUGAAGAUACGUUUCUAGCUGGAGAACGGCAAAAAGUCAGUAUUUCAGAGAAAAAGCAACAGCAACCGUUUCCACAGACGAAUAAGUCUGGACUAGAGGCUGAAAUUGAACGACGCGAAAAUUAUGCAUUGGAAUCGGUGGACCAAGCUACAAGUUUAUCUGAAAAGCCCUGUGUUGUACAUCUGGAUGGCAUUGCUAAACAGACAACCGCAGCAACGUUGAAAGAAGCUCUAGGUGGACGUGACUCUGUGAUUGCAAUCAAUGUGUUCUCUUCCGAAGAAAAUAUUUCCAAAGGAAUUUCCGUAUUUCGAAACGAAAAGCUCGCACAGGAUGCCGUACGGCGCCUGUCUACUGAGCCAGUGGAUGGAAAUUACAUAUCAGCUACUGUUGGAAAAGGAGAAGCAAACAAGGAUUCAAUAUUUUCUGGACAACAGAAAGAGCUACGAAAAAAGAAAGAGGAAGAAGAGAAAAAUGCGUCAGCAGAUCGUCUGUCAACCCUAGAUAGGGCAAAGUUGGAAUGGCUAUUGACGCGAAUGAGCUGUGAAAAGGGGUCUAUAGCAAGUGUUUUAUGUUUUUCUAUUAAUCACAUUGAUAAAUAUAAAGAGGUUUCUAAAGCGAUUGUACAAGAGUUACUGAAGAAUGAGGAGGUUAAUGACGGAAGGAUGAAUGAUAAAUCUAUAUUGGAAAAGGGGGACAAAAAAUUGGGACUAUUGUACGUGAUUAAUGACCUGCUGUUUAAUGGAAUAUCUGGAGUGUCGCUAGUUUGGCGGUAUCGAGUUGGUUUGGAGCCAUAUGUACCAUCUAUCUUUGAUAAUCUAUAUGCCUUUAGUCGACGAUUAGGUGGUCGCCUAAAAAUGGAUAUUUUUUGUAAAAAGGUUGCACAAGUCAUUGAGAUUUGGCGAGUUUGGGUAGCUUUUCCGGAAGAAGUUCUAGAUUCAGCAUGGCAAAUGUUUAAGAGCAAGGAGAUUACAGCGUCCGUUCGGUCUUCCGCCCGGCCGUUAUACGCUUCUAAAAACAAUAGAUGGGCAACAGCUGCAGCUGAAAUGGAAGAAGAGCAAGAUGAUCAAGAAUACAAUGGGAGUCCUGUGAAUGUUUUGGAGCUUUUACUUGAAAGAGAGGAGCAUCAGCAUCGGGAUAGUCAACCGUCAAAUACAUCUACUCCUGCUGCUCCCUCCACACCAGAGGAUGCUGGCGACGUAAAAUCCAAAUUCAAACCCAGUUUUACUAAAGGAACAUUCGUGUCCCGAAAGAUGCGAAUGCAUGCUGAGGAUUUGUUUUAA